GGCCCAGGCUGACAGGAGGCGCUCGUGCCGACUUUCGGCGCGUGCCGAUGACGUAUUGUUGGUGCGUCGGGGCUGCGGGAGCCGCGCGGUCGUUCCUCUGAAUUGGGACUUGAGGGUUCGUUUCCCUUCACGGAGUCGGCGAGGAUGGCGGUGCCGGCUCCUCAGAAGCGUUACUAUCGACAGCGUGCUCACUCCAAUCCAAUGGCGGAUCACGCCUUCGAAUACCCUGUUCGGCCUGCGGAGAUGGAUUGGUCUCAGUACUAUCCUGAAUACUUCAAACCACAGUCUGAGAAGGAUAGUCACGAUGAUGAGAAAGAUGUAACUGACAAAAAGAAUUUGAAGUUUUUUGUGGAAUUUGCAGACAUAGGGUGUGGUUAUGGAGGCCUACUGGUGGAGUUAUCUCCUCUCUUUCCCAAUUCAUUAAUUCUGGGGCUAGAAAUCAGAGUGAAGGUAUCCGACUAUGUGAUAGAUCGUAUCAAAUCCCUAAGAGCUUCAAACCCUGGAAAAUACCAGAACAUCGCUUGCAUCAGAAGCAAUGCAAUGAAGUAUUUACCAAACUUCUUCAACAAAGGACAGCUGAGCAAGAUGUUCUUUCUUUUUCCUGAUCCACAUUUUAAAAAGACGAAACACAAAUGGAGAAUUAUUAGCUCAACGUUGCUGGCUGAGUACGCCUAUGUUCUGCGUGUGGGGGGUUUGGUCUAUACCAUUACUGAUGUGCAGGAAGUACAUGAGUGGAUGGUCAAACACUUCACGGAGCACCCCUUGUUUGAAGGUGUACAACUAGAGGAUCUGAAGGAUGACAUCAUUGUUGACCGUCUGGGUGUAUGCACAGAAGAAGGUAAAAAAGUAUUAAGGAGUGGCGGACAGAAUUUUACUGCAGUGUUCCGACGAAUUGAGGGGAAAAACCCGAAGCUGAAAACUGAAGGGGAAAAGUUGUGAGGAGAGCACUUGCCUUGGGUGACUGUUGAAGGGCACAUUGCUCGGUUGGAACAUACUGGGUGUCUUUUGUCUUUUAGCCGCAUCAAUUAGAGACACUGGAUUGAAGAGUGCUCCACAUCAUUUUAAAAAAUAUAUAUAAAACCAGAUAAAAGAAAUCUAGCAUGGCAAGAGUUGAUAACUGUAAUCACAUGGUGGGUAGGUAUUUUGGUGUGCCAACAGUAGCAUUGAAAAUCUGUUUCCUUGUGCCAUUUUUGAGAUGUUCUAUUUUUUCCAAAGAUUACCUCGAGUAAAAAAAAGACAUUAUAAUUACCUAAUAUAGAAAAUCCCAGUGGACAGUUUACAUCACAAGUUAUCACUGUGUCUGUUAUUUAUUCUAGCAACUUUGUAUUGUUGCUCUGAGAUUUGUGUGAUAACAUGUUGGUUCUGAGGCACUUGCUUAUGUCCAUAGUUUCUAACACUGCUACUUGGAUUGCAACAGUGACCACACCUCAGAAAUAAUUUAGCAGCUUUUGGAGCAUCCAGGGGUCAUAAAAUAUGAUGGUUUUCUCUCUCUAUACUCGAGAGAAUUUAUCAGAGGGGCUCAAUGCUAUGUUACUGUCCUUAAUAACUGUCUUACAUGCCAUCUACCCUUGGUUCAUAGGACUUGCCAAGUCAGAAGGUUGUGGAUUCAAAUACUGCUUCAGAAUCUUGAAACUUGGCUGGCUGUGUGGUGUGGAACUGAGGGAGUGGUACACUGUUGGAGGUUUCAAUAAUGAAACCUUUUUGUUGAAAUAAAAGUCAUCUGGCACCAAAGGAGCAUUAUGCCACUCUACUGGCCAACUUUCCUCCCUCUACAUUUGCCACCAAUAAUGGAUCAACUGGUCAUCCAUUUCUUGUGCCGUUCAUGGGACCUUGCAGUGCAUAAAUUGACUGCUGCAUGACCAUGUGCUGCAUUGAGAACAUUUCAAAGUUAAUUGUUGCAUUAUGCACUAUCCUGAGGAUAUAAUGAGAUGCUAUGCAAUAAGUUUCUUCCUUUAUUUUUCCUUCCAGGUUUAUCUUUUAGCUGAAAAUGGUAUUAAAAUUAAUUGGCUUUUUAGGGACAGCUACUUUUGAAACCAAAGUUAUCAUCAUUUUCUAUGUGACGGGUAUAACCUUGGAUCUUAAUCCAAGUCAAAAUAGAUUUUAUUCAUCCAUUUAUUCAUUAUUCCGAUCUGUCCCAUUAGACAACUUUUUUUUAAACGAUGGGAUAGAGUCGUACAGCAUAGAAACAAGCCCUUUGGCCCACAGUGUCAUGCUGACCAUCAAAUACCCAUCUACACUAAUCUUAUUAACCAGCACUUGGUCCAUAGCCUUCUAUGUGUUGGCAAUUCAAGUGCUCACCUAGAUACUACUAAAAUGCGGUGAGAGUCUCUGCCUCCAUCAGUGCAUUCCAGAUUCCAACCGCCCACUGAGUGGGGAAAAAAAAUCCUCAGAUCUCCUCUAAACCUCCUUGUCCCUACCUUAAACCUACACCUUCUGGUUUUAGGCACCACUGAAAUGGGGAAAAGUUUCCUCCCAGCUCGCCUAUCCAUUCCCCUCAUAAUUUUGUAUACCUCUUCAGGUCCCGCCUCGGCUUCCUCCACUUCAAGGAACACAGUCUCUCCUAUCCAGUCUCUCCUCGUAACUGAAACACUCCAUUUCAAGCAACAUCCUGGUGAAUCUUCUCUGCACCCUCUUCAGUGCGACCAUGUCCUUCCUAUAGUAUGGUGACCAGAACUGCACACGGUACUCCAGCAGUGGCCUAACCAAUGUUUUAUAAAGUUGUACCAUAACCUCCCUGCUCUUGUAUUCUAUAGCCUGGCUAAUGAAGGCACAUUUCCAGUGUGCUGCCUUAACCACCUUAUCUACCUGGGCUGUCACAUUUGGGGAUCCUUGGCCUUGUACACUAAGGUCUCUGGGAUGUUCAUAAUGAUCUCUGCAGAACAGUGUUGUAAACAUUUCUAUUUCACUUGCAUUCUCCCAAAUGACCUUUCAAAAUGAAUGAGGGAAAUCCAAGUUCACCCUGAUUUCCUGUUGAUUGAAACUUUGUGCAUUUUGCCAGGUUUUGAGGAAACUGGUUCAAAAUUGGUUCAUUACCUAUACAGCUCUCCCACAACAGGUUCCAGGUUCAUUGCAACACCUUUGCAAAUCUAAUCAUUUAAGAUCUACAUACCUGCAUUGCUUCUAGUAGACUUUGAUAAUGGAUCAGGUUCAAUGGGCUCAUGUACACUUUGACACCAGUCAUAGAUCAAGUUUACUAUUAUAUCAUAGAUACUGAAUCUUUGGUCAUUUGCAUCGAAAUUGCUCUGUUUUCAGACAGGUGGGUCAGUAAUUACAGCGCAAGGCUUAUAAAAGGACAAUAAUUAACUGAAAGGCUCAUAUGAGUUCAGGCUGUAAAGAACCAAAUGCAUGUAAAGCCUUUUAAAACUUUUGACCCAGAAUAUGGCGAUUAGAUAAGUGUUCUUUUUGGGUGGAGCGAAUAUUUUGUAGAUUUGUCCUUGUGUCCUUACAAAUGGAAAAAGGUUUAAGAAAGAAUAUCUGGAAUUUGUUCAGAGUUAGCAGACACUCUUCUCCCAUUUUCUGUUCAUUUUUGCCUAUGAAGCUCCUGCUGUUUUGGGUGGAAUAGGGAUAUGUAUGAAAUGCAUUCAGAAUUUCAAAACUCUAGGUUUUUGUUCAUAGCUUCUGCAUCUUCAGUUAAAGAUUUAAAUUUCUGACCACUAAAGGUACAGCUGCUUUUGAUGUAAUAAAAUGAUGCCAUUGAGAACCUCCUGAAGUUGUGAAAGGUGUUUAUAGAGAUGUAAGUCAGACUCUUUCUUUAUUACAGUUAGCCUGUCCUUGUUAUGAUCUCUGCAUACGCCACAAUCUUUGGAUAAUAAUGAACUAAGAAUUGCACUAUGUAUGACCCAAGGCUCUAUUUACCGAACCAUUAAAUGAGCCUUAAAGGAACAUUGCUGCAUUUUCACAGCAGAGUAAUAUAUUCUGUUUUUGCAGUUUCUAUAACAGUGCAUCAUCUGACUCAGUCUGAGCAAUGUCAAGGGAGAUGUGCUUGUACAUUUUAAAAAUGUGGAAUGUAUGCAGUUACCGUUUGCCAUGCAUCAGGCUUAAAUGAAAAUUUAAGUCAGUAAAAGAUUUUUAUUUUGUAAAUGACUGGAUUUAAAUGCGUUAAAUAUCCAGAACGUUACCUGAGCUACAACAACGCCAAGUUCUCAUUCAUCUUGCCAUAAACAAAGUGUUUGAAUUUCCAGCAAUACUUUCUUCGUAGGUACUCUUGGACUCAAGGAUGACUUGCUUCCACUCCUUUUCUGAGGUGAUUGAUGAGACCAAUGUGGGGUCCACAGACGUUGCUGCAGGGCAUGGUGGGUGGUUGGGUAGUUUGUGGGGGUGGUGCAUUCCUUCUGCCAUUCACACCGGGCCUCCUUGCACUCCUGAUGCGUGGACUUGAGGUUCUCGGUGCCAUCCCAAAUGCUCCUCCUCCAGUUUGAAUGGCCAGGCAUUCCCAGGAGUCUGGGGAUGUUGCACUUUGAGGAAGUUUUAAGAAUAUCUUCAUGCUUUUUUUUCCUUCUAUUCACCUGCUAAUCUCAUGUUGUGAUGGAGCUGUGAACAGGGUGUAAGCUUUGGGAGUCUGAUGUUGGGCAUGCAAGUGAUGUGACGUGACCUACCCAAUGGAGCUGACUGAGCGUAAUAUGGCCCUCAGUGCUGCGCUGUUGGCCGGGGAGGGGAUGCUGGUAAUGGUUUGCUUAUCCUGCCAGUGGAUUUGGAGGAUUUUGCAGUGAUAUUGUUGGCACCUCUCCAGUGUCUCGAGGUGACUGCUGCAAGUAGUCCAGGUCUCAGAAGCAUGUACGAGGGCAGGGAUCACUGCUGUCCAGUAGACCAUGAGUUAUGUACUGGGUUUGAAGUCUUGAUCUUCAUCGCCCUUUUUCCUCAGAUGGCCAAAGGCUGCUGGUGUAGACUAUGAAUUUCAUCGCUUUUGUGCACUUCCCAAGAAAUGGGAAGCGGUGUUGUUGUGCACCUUUUAUUAUUGGAGGACAAUGUGGUGCAACAGGGACAGGCUGGUAGAGGACCUUUGUCUUGCAGAUGUUGAGUGGAAGGCCCACACUCUUGUAUGCUUUAAUGAACGUGUCAACUUGGAGCCCAGUCCCUGAACAUGCAGAUAAGUGAGCAUCAUCCAUGUACUGCAGCUCAGCUACUGAAGCUGGGGUAACCUUGGUUCUGGAGUGGAGGUGAUAUGGUUCUGAAAAUUAGCUCUACUCCACUGGAAAGCUUGUUGAAGGUGAGGCGCAGCACUUCAGUGAGAAAGAUUGCGAAAGAGUUGGGGGUGAAGACAGCCUUGUUUGAUUUCAUUCUGUACUGAGAUAACAACUAUUGUGGAACUGCUGGUUAGGAUUACAGUUCGCAAAUCAUCAUACAGCAGAUGCAAGCUGGAGACAUUUCUCCAGGCAGCCAUAUUUGAGGAUGAUGUUCUGCAGUCCCUCCUAAUUGACAGGGUCAAAGUCUUUAGCGAGGUCAAAAAAAGUCUGUCUAUAAUGCUUGUGCUGCUCCCUGCAUGGAGCAGGAGGUGGUUGUCAGCAUGGGUGGGUAGGUGGUUUGGGAAGUGGUGCGUUCCUUCCACUGGACUCCCUUGUGCUCCCAAUGCAUGGACUUAAUUCUCGAUGUCAACCUGAAUGCUGCUGCUCCAUCAUGAGCAGUCGUGGGCUAGAGGUUAUCGGGAGUUGGUGGGGAUGUUGUACUUUCUCAGGGAUCACCCUUGAAUCCCUUCUUUUGUCCACCAGGUAGCCUUGCUGUGAUAAAGCUCGGAAUAGUGUCUGUUUCAGGAGUCUAGUCUGAAGGAUGCCUGCCAACUGAACCAACUGACUCAUAGAGUUAUACAGCACAGAAGCAGCCCUUUGGUCCAUCUCGUCCAUGCCAACCAAGCUAGUCCCAUUGGUCUAUGUUUAGCCCAUAUUCCUCUAAACCUUUUCUAUCCAUGUACCUGUCUCAAUAUCUUUUGAACAUUGUAAUUGUACCCACCUCUACAGCUUCCUCUGGCAGCUCGUUCCACACACCCACAACCCUUUUGUGAAAAAAUGUUCCCCUCUGGCCUCUCUUAAAUCUUUCCCCUCUCACCUUGUAGCUAUGUUCUCUAAUUUUCAACUCCCCUACCCUGGGAAAAAGACUGGCUGUCCACCUUAUUUACGUCCCUUGUGAUUUUAGAUGUCUCUGUAAAUUUACCCCUCAACCUCCCAGCCUAUCCAGCGUCUCCUUAUAACUCGAGGCCUCCAGUCCUGGUAACAUCCUCAUGAAUUUUUUCUGCACCCUUUCCAACCUGUAUCACCUCCACUUCAGAGUGUAAUCAGGGUCUCAUGCUGAGGAUAUUGACAUUGGUUUGCUUAUCCUUCCAGUGGAACUGGAAGCCAAAAAAAACUUUGUGCAUUGGAAAUCCAAAAUAAAAAUGGAAGAUGCUGGAAACAGUCAGCACAUCAGGUAGCAUCUAUAGAGAGAUGAUAUUUAACCUGCUGAGUGUUUCCAGAGUUUUGAUUUCAUACUGGAUUUUGAGGAGACAGCAUUGGUGGUACCUCUCCAGUGUUUUGAGGUACCUCCUGUGUGUAGUCCAAGCCUCAGAAACAUACAGGAGAGUGAAGGUUGCUGCUGAACGGUAGACCAUGAGUUUUGUGCCAGGUUUGAGGUCUUGAUUUUCAAACACACUUUUCCUCACAUGGACAGAGGUGGGUGCACUGAUGUUGAGUGCAAGGCUAAUCUCGUGCUUCAGUAAAUGAGUCGAUGACGACUUGGAGCUCUGUACGCGCACGACCACAAUUAUUGUAUGUGUACUAGCACUCGGCUACUGAAGUUGGGCUGAACUUGGUUCUGAAGUGGAGGUGAUAGAGGUUGGAACAAUUUUCCACUAAUCCUCCCAAUUCCACUCCCAACUGGAACUGCUGACCAGUCAGCCUAACCAGUGCCAGUGAUGGGUGAGCGCGGAUAGAAUCAACACCAAUGUAAAAUUAAGGGCAACCAGAAAAGGAAUACUUAAGUCAUUUGGGGUUAAUAAAGACCAUAAGACAAAGGAGCAGCAGUCAGCCAUUCGGCCCAUCGAGUCUGCUCUGCCAUUCUAUCGUGAGUUGAUCUAUUCUCCCAUUUAGUCCCACUCCCCUGCCUUCUCACCAUAACCUUUGAUGCCCUGGCUACUCAGAUACCUAUCAAUCUCUGCCUUAAAUACACCCAGUGACUUUGCCUCCACAGCCGCCCGUGGCAACACAUUCCACAGAUUCACCACUCUCUGGCAAAAGAAAUUUCUCCGCAUCUCUGUUCUGAAUGGGCGCCCUUCAAUCCUGAAGUCGUGCCCUCUUGUACUAGACUCUCCUACCGUGGGAAACAACUUUGCCACAUCUACUCUGUCCAGGCCUUUUGACAUUCGAAAUGUUUCUAUGAGGUCCCCCCUCAUUCUUCUGAACUCCAAGGAGUACAGCCCAAGAGCCAUCAAACGUUCCUCAUAUGUUAACCCCCUCAUUCCUGGAAUCAUUCUAGUGAAUCUUCUCUGAACCCUCUCCAACGUCAGCACAUCCUUUCUUACAUAAGGAGCCCAAAACUGGCGGGGGUGGUAUUUAUGCAUCUAUAGCAAGGUGCUGCAUGAGAAUGAAAAUAACUAACAUGAAGAUGCCUCCUUCCUUCACUUUGAGGGAGAUCUUUUACAAGUGAAACCUCGGUGUUUCCUCCUUUGAUUUAUACUGGUUUCUUUUGUUAGUGCUUUGAUACAUUGGUUAGAUCGGGAAACUCUCUCCUCUGGAGAGUGCGACAAUGCCCAGAGGUCCAAGAGCUAAACUCCCAAGAUAAAGUCGUAGAGGCGAGGUGAGGAGGACUGUUUCCACGCUGGGAAUUGUUGGGAUUUGGAGUAUCUGGAAAGGUGUAAAGGGGGUCGGACAAGGGAAUGGGAUGAUGAGCAACCUCCGACUUGGACAAAAAAAAAUGGAGGGGAUGGGCCAAAUGUACUGUUUUGAAGAGCUGGCACAGGUACAAUGUGCUGAAUGGCCUCCUGUGCUGCAAGUUCCUGUAAAUUGCACAGAUUAGGACAGUAAUUAGCAUCUGGGCUAGCUAGGUUGGGUACAGCUAUUAAAACCUUGAAGGAUGUUUGCCAGGUUGGCAUUUGUGUGGUGGAUUGGUGAGGUGAAUAUUUGUUAGGUCCAUGUUAAUAUCACAAUCCUGCUCAAGUUGUUAAUAUAACAUCAGAUAUCAUUCAGUGACUGGGGGCAAUGCUGGUGCUAAACUAUUCAAAUGAUUGCUGGACAGUGCUGAGUUUGCUAAUCUCCUGCAUUGAUGCUUUGGUUGGUUUCUAUCUCUGCACUGUAAAAGGAGAAUAAUGAACCAGGGUUUUUUGCUCGCUGUGGUGGAUCAGGACGCAGGAAAGCCUAUCUGUUACUACUUUUCUGCUUGAAAGUUGUUUAAUGCUCUGCACAACCUCACCAAUGAAGAAAGGUCACUUGUAAAGUACCGGAGGGCUAUUCUCCGUGCUCUGACCCAGAGUUUACUCUCUGUAAACGUUAGGUCAUUCAAAACUCUCUGCUGUCUGUGUUCUAAUGCUCGGAGACCUGUUCACCCAUCACCCCUGUGCUUGCUGAACUACACUGGCUCCUGAUUAAGCAAUGCUUUUAUUUUAAAGUUCUCGAUCUUGUUUACAAAUCACUCCAUGGCCCUUGCCCUGACUUGUCAUACCCUGAGGUUUGUGUUUCUACAAUUUUUUAAAGGGUACAGUUCCAAUUAUGAUUUGUAUCAUGCAAUAUUGUUUUUAUUCACACAUAAUCUUUACUAUGAAGGAUAUACUAAGGUGGAUCAGAAAAGCUUUGUACCGAUCAUCUGUUGUGAGCAAGGUUCCCUUUUCUGAUGGUUUUUUUUUGCUGUUUAUCUGUGGGGUGUGGCCAUUGCUCAAGGCUGGCAUUUAUUGUCCAUGGGCUUCCUGGGCUAUUUCAAGAGGAAUAAAGAAAUCAACUGGAUUACUGGGUCUGAAAUCACAGGCAGGCCAGAAAGGGUAAGGACAACACAUUUCCUUAAAUGCAUUAGUGAAAAAGGUUGGUCCAUGGUUGUCAGGUAGUUUAUUGGUUGCCAUUGCUGACAGCUGCUUUUUAAUUCCAAAACUUAUUUAACUAACUGAAUUUACUUUCCAGAGCUGCUGCUGUUGGGAUUUGAAUUUGUCUCUGUAACAUUACUCCAAACUUAUAAGUUACUAGCCCAGUAAUAGCGACAUUUUGAGCAUGGACAAAUCAAAGUAAGACAGGAAAGCGGAAAUGAGUUGGAAGAUCGGCCACUAUCUUGUUGAAUGCCAGAGCAAGGGCUAAUGUACACAGCAUUUUGCUAAAUGGCCAUAUGUUUAUACCACUAAAUAGCACUGAGAGAUUGCUGGUUGAGUGGUUUCAGAACAGAAUUUUCCCAUGUUUCUUCAUUCCAGCUCAAUGCUGCAAAACAUCUUGGCGGUUAGCACUUGUGAGAAUGACUCCUCGAGAAGCAUGUUCUAUUAUCAAGCUUGUUAACUGUGUACAAUAAUUAAUGGUAGUUCUGCAGGAAUCGGCUGUGGAUUAUCACUCUGAAUUUGCUGUUACAGAAAGCAGAUGUUGCAGAAUGCAAACGCGUGCCCCAAACAUCAAAGGAUCAAAUAUACUGAAUAAGCGGCUGACACAAUUUGCACGUUCGUUUUAUUUUUGUCAACCCUUUCAUGUUAAGUAAAAUUAAUUUCUCAACAUAAACUUUGGGUCAUCUAAGCAUAGUAUAUAGGAGCAGGGAGGUCAUGAAACAUUAGUUAGGCCACAGAUGGAGUACUGUGUGCAGUUCUGGUUGUCACACGAUAGGAAGGGAAUGAUCGCACUGGAGCGGGUGCAGAGGAGAUUCACCAGGAUGUUGCCUGGGAUGGAACAUUUCGG